AUGGCGAACAAGUUUGGAUUGGGUUCUUUAUCUCUAGAAACCAAAAAACCUAACACUACAACGUGGAUAAAUAAAGCGAAACCUUACUUUGUGGAUCAAAUCGGAGACACUCUUCAAGGUGAUUUAGAUAUGAACAAUUUUAGCAUAACUAAUUUAAAGUCUCCGGAAAACGAUAAUGACGCCGUUCACAAGAAAUAUUUACGGGAACAAAUAAAUUCAAUUGAAGUAAAUAAAAACCAUUUAGAAGAUAAAAUAAGUAAUGUGAAAAGAUUCUUCAAACGUCAACUAAAUAAUAAAAAUUUUGUUAAUGAUACUAAACUACAACAAGAGAUACAAAGAUUAAUAAGUUUUAUUAAAAAAGAAUUGGUCAACGUAAAAGUUGAUUCAUUAUUCUUCACACAAGGCUUCUUCACACAAGGCUUAUAUAUACCUAAUAAAAAAUUUAACGCUACAAAAGUUCUUCAGUUUAUCAAUGGUACAAAAAAUGUAGAAACUAAAGAAUAUGAAAGUAACGACGAAAACAACAAGGCUAAUCACUUAUAUGAAAUUAAAACGAGUGGAAAAUAUAUAGAUUGGUUUAGAAUGUUAAUCAUACAAGAUAAAGAAGAAUAUAAAUUUAUAUUGAGUGAUUUUGAUAUGAUAUUGGAAACGGAAACUCCACCAUCAAUGAAUAUUAUUAGAAAUCCAGAACCACAAACAAAAGAUAUAAGCAGUUAUCAGUUUUUACGAACGACAGACUUUGAAUACGUAAAACUAUAUUUUGUUGAUAAUGGUAAAUUUACCUCAAUUGAUAUUCAUAAAAGUCAACAAAGUCAAAUUUUUUUAAUAAGAGAUGAUGCAUAUGUUAAUAUAUCAAUCUUUAUUAGAAAACCAAAAUUUUCAGUUCAUCUGAAUAAGAUUAAUGAUUCGAAAGAACAAAUAUCGUUAGUAACUGUAAAAGUUGUUAUUAAUAAACACAUAGCAGCUUUAUCAGAAAUUCAUUUAAUUUAA